CUUCUAGCAACGCGCUCAGACCAGCGCGCCUACGAGGAUAAGUAUGCUUGCGAGCUACCAGAGUCUGUCGUCUCUCCCUUUUGUUCUCCAAGUUCAGUGUACUCGUAGAGUCGUCAUCAGCUAGUUGCAAUAUACUACCUGAGACCGUUACAAGAGUGACCACACAAAUGAAGGAUCAAGAUAGUGGGUUAGGGUGCCUCAGAACGUCCCUUUCUUGUUGGAACAGAAAAUUGUCCUCUCUAAUCCUCCCAGGGGAAUUACCCCCUUAUAUAGAGACAGUGUGCCAUGAUAUGACGCUAUGUCAGGAACUGUGUCAUUGUGAUGGAUCUGUGCUGACUGAGAGUCUCGCAUUGAACAUCAGUGCUCAGUCCGUGAAUCUUGGUGCCAAGGAACCCACUCAGUUCAACAGACUUAUCGCAGGGAAAUCAGGCAUCCAUCCCUAUUGCCAACUAGCCUAGGGGGUGUCCGGCGCUGGCGUCCCGAGCUGUAUGGCUGCGUUAGACGCAGGAACUGUACCUCCUUUGGUCUCCUCUACUCUAUUCUGCUGGCCUCGUCCCUGCUCACGAUCUCGUCCCUAUCCACGACCCCUUCCCUAUCCCUGAGCUCUUCCCCGUCUUCCUAUAGUCCCCUGGACCGCGACCCCGUCCACGUCAGGUAGUGUUGGUGGAGAGGGGUGAAUUUUUGUACCUGCUAUUGCAAAGAAGUAGCCGACAAGCGGUAAUGGAUUCUCACUGUCUAGGUAGGGACGAUAGGUGAAAGGGGCAACCGUGAUGAAGCCGUUGCUUACACACACACACACUCAAGGAGGCUCCCAUGAAGGGGUUUUCUCAAUGAUGGUUAGGGUUGGACGGGGUUGCAGAGGCUCAGCCC